AUGGUGGCCAAGAAACUCGUCACAGUUGUCGGCGCUACCGGCGCGCAAGGAGGCUCAGUUGUUGAUUACCUGCUUAAGAACAAAUCUCAAGAAUAUACCAUCCGUGCAGUAACUCGGUCUACGGAGAGCGCAGCUGCAAAAGAACUUACAGCUCGUGGCGUUGAAGUGGUUCGGGCGGAUUUGACUGACACUGCGGCCCUCAAAGCAGCAUUCGCUGGCUCAUACGCCGUUUUCGCAGUUACAAACUUCUGGGGUGUGUUUUCAAACGCUCAGAAGCAAUUUCCUGAAGAAAAAGAUGUUGCCUUAUUGGCUGGCCAGGCUGCAGCCAUUGAGACUCAGAUGGGCAUCAACAUGGUAGACGCGGCAUUGGCCACCGAUACGCUGCAACAUUACAUUUGGUCAACACUCACAGACGCAUAUACAGUCAGUGGUGGUAGAAUUAAGCCUCCACAUUACGAGUCCAAGGCCCAAGUCACUCGAUACAUCCAAUCCAAACCAGAAUUGUUGGCAAAGACCACUUUCGUGUGGUGCGCCUACUAUGCGACAAACUUUGCAGGCUUAACUCGACCGAUCUACGUCCCAGCUAGUGGUCAAUAUAUCCAGAUACAAGCCACUCCAUCCGAGCAGCCGAUUGCCUGUAUCGGAAAUACCCGCUCUCAUUUCGGAAUCUUCGUGGAAGCAGCACUCGCUCGACCGGACAAGACUCGCGGUGGACGAACUGUAUUUGCGUUUGUGGAGAGCACGACUCUAGGAGGCUUGUUGCAGACUUGGGCGGAGGCACAUAAUGUCAAGGCCACGUAUAUCCAGGUAUCUCGUGAAACUCUUUUCUCUUCAUGGCCUAUGGAAGUUCAAGAGUUUACGGUUGGGAUGGAGUUUUGGGACAUGAUUCGGGAUAAGGAGUGGACUGGCAAGGACAACUUUCUGACGUAUUCUGACUUGGGGAUUGAUGUUGCGAGGUUGAAGAGUGUGAAGGAUUCUUUUGCAGAGCUGGAGCUCUAG